AUGACGGCCGACACGAUCGCCGCCACCCCUGCGGCCCCAACUACCAACGGCCUCAAGCCGUCCAAGCCUCUCGGCUCUGAAUCAAAGCCCGCACCCACCGAUGAGCAGAACACGCACAACGUCACAGACUCCUCAGUCCUGCACCGCAACCUAAAAGUCGUGCUGCCGAUCGUGACCCACGCGCGGGGUUCGUAUCUGUACACGUCCUCGGGGCAGCGCAUUCUGGACGGGAGUGGUGGCGCCGCAGUCGUCAGUGUAGGACACGGUGUGCCCGAGAUUAUCUCCGCGGUCUCGUCGCAAAUCAGCACACUGCCCUAUGUCUCUUCAGCGCUGUUUGCGAUCCAGCCCGCCGAGGAACUCGCGAGGCGGAUGUGCAGAGAUAGCGGGAUGGAGCGGGCCGUGUUCCUCUCUGGCGGCUCUGAGGCUGUGGAAAGCGCGAUCAAGCUUGCAAGACAGUAUCAUGUCGAGCGGGGCGAGCGUCAACGGACCGAGUUUAUCGCGCGCGAGGCGAGUUAUCAUGGCAACACGCUUGGCGCGCUCUCUCUGGGCAGACACAUGGCGCGGCGCGAGUUCAACGAGCCGUUAUUGUCGGCCCACUUCCACGCCGUCUCGCCGUGCAACAGCUAUCGCCACCAAUCUCCCUCCGAGACGGAAGCAGCGUACGUCGCCCGCCUAGCCACGGAGCUCGAGGAGAAGAUCCUCUCCCUCGGUCCUGACCGCGUCGCCGCCUUCUUCGCCGAACCCGUCGUCGGCGCCGCGGCGGGCUGCGUCCCCUUCGUUCCCGGGUAUCUCUGCGCAAUGAAGCGUGUGUGCGAGAAGUACGGCGUGCUCUUCUGUCUCGACGAGAUCAUGUGCGGCGCCGGGCGGACGGGCAAGCUGCAUGCGUGGAUGAACGAUCUGGCCCCUUCCUCCUUGCCUGAGCGGUUGGGUGGUGAGGGCGAAGAAAGCGAAGAUGCCGAGGGAGAGGGAUGGGGGGAGGAAGCGAGGCCGGAUAUCCAGACAUUGGGCAAGGGCCUGUGUGGUGGAUAUGCGCCCCUCAGCGCUGUUCUGGUCAGCAGGAAAGUGUGUGAGGGCCUCGAGGGCGGAUCCGGCGCGUUUAGGAACGGGUACACGUUCCAGUCCUCUGGCACUGGCGUCGCGGCCGGCCUGGCGGUUUACGAGUAUAUGGAGAAGCACGAUUUGGAGUACGCGCUGACCUCCAGAGUCCGCCAAUGCGCGCGACGCGGGCAAUAUCUCCGCCGUCUCCUCGAGGAGCGCGUCAGUCCCCUGCCGCACGUCGGGAACGUCCGCGGCCUGGGUCUCUUCCAGGGCAUCGAGUUUGUCGCCGACAAGGAAUCCAAGGCGCCCUUUGCACCCGGCGAGCAUGUGGCCGACAAGGUGGCUAAUGCGAUUCUCGAGCAUGGCGCGGCAGUGUACCAUGGUGCUGCGACUAGGAUCACAGGCGACCACAUCAUGCUCUGUCCUCCUUACACUGUUUCUGAGGCGGAGAUUGACGAGUUGGUCGAUGCUGUUGUCAAGGGCAUCCAGGAGGUGUUCCCGCAGUAG